AUGCAUUUCGCACCAGCAACGUCUCUUCUCUUCUCUCUUAUACUCUCCCAUCCCACCUUUGCCGAACAAGAAAUUGAUAUCCCACCCAUCGCCACGUCGGCAGUCAACAUCGCCAACUCGUACGCAUCGGAAUACUCCACCAUCCCACCCGACGCAGCAUCGCAAGUUAGCGCUGCCGAGUCACUUGCAUCGUCAUGGGCAAGCUACGGCGAGAGCAUUGCUAGUUCGUAUCGAAGCGAGUAUGGUGGCGGAAGUGCCACCACCACUACCACUACCACUGAUACCACGUCGACUACUUCCUCAUCGUCCUCAUCGUCCUUAUCGACCUCUGGAACUACUAGUUCGACAUGGACUACUACUAGCACCACUACUGGAUCUGACGGGUCUGUUGGGACUACGACGCUCACUGGAACAAAAACACAGGCACAGACGGUCACCGUAUCGGCGUCAGCCAGCACUGCUGGGGCUGUUAACCUGAUGCCCGCGGUUGGGCUGUGGGGAUUAGAAUUUGCCGGUGUUGGUGUAGCCGGCGUUGUUGGCACUGCUGGAAUGAUUGGUGGUUUGGCGAUAUUUCUCUAG